UAUUAGCCGCGUGGAGGCUGAGGCAUACAAUUGGUCAUACGGAACCCAUGGCGCUCUCCCAUUGGCCAGGAGGCGUGAGCGCUGGCCAAUGGGACAUGAGUAAGGCUCUCGAGAUGUAUCACCACCGGGAGAAUUGCGGGAAGUGUGAGGUAGAUCGUAAAUGCGACGUAUUACCGCCAGUUGUUGGUGGAGCCGCGAGGGGUGGGCAGGGACGUGGCGACUAGGGACACAAAACACAUCGGCGCUCCCGCAAGACAGCCAGUCACGCCUUCCUUCUACCUUCCGAGGGAUCACCUUGUGGAAAACGUUGAUGUCACCCCUGCUGUAACCUUCUAACCUUAAGGGAGGAACAAGGAACGUGGCUGCUCCGUGACACAUACCACGUCAGCGCCCCCGUCAGCAAGCCAGUUACUCCUUCCCGUACCCGUCAGUCUUCGGUUCCUGACAGCUUCCUUCAAACGCUGACAUAAUCCUUUGCAGAAUCCUACUAACAUUGUUGGAGUAAUCUUGCAAGGUGGAUAGGCACGUGGCUUCUCCGUGACACUCACACACACACUACGUCACGUCAGUGCCCCCGUCAGCCGGCCGGUCAGUCCUUCCCUCGGCCGAUCAUCUUGCUUCAGACGCUGGUCUAAUUCCCCGCACCAUCCAUCUGACGUCUUACGGGGUGGACAGGGGUGUGGGUGGGUUCUCCGUGACACAAACCUCGUCACGUCGGCGCCCCCGUCAGCCAGCCGGUCAGUCCUUCUCGGCCCCUGACGUCUAGCUCAUCUUCCUUCAACCGCUUACGUGUCUUCUUGCCUCUGCGGUGUCGUCAGUGGAAAAAGGACUUAUUCCGUGUGUGUGACUGUGUUCCUCUAUUCCUGGAAUGACGGAACUGUUACUGUCGGUGUGAAGAAAAUACUUGUAGUCAGGAAAAGAAGUGUAGUGCUCUUCCAAGUGUAUGAAAAUAUUCUUUUUAACUUGUGACCAGUUUUGAACGUUUUACAGAAUUCUUUAGGAAAAUAAUAGAACUAGAUUGUGACCUUUCUCGUACGAUUACUUUGUGCACGAAAAAGAAGUCAAGAAUUUAGUUGAAAAAAAAAGAAAAGAGAAAAUUGGGAAGGCAAUCCGUGCGUCAUCAUUUCCUAACCGGAAGUAAAUAAUUGUGCAACACACACACACACACACACACACACACACACACGAUGGAGGAGGAGCCGCCUGUACCGUCGUGAUCCGUGCCAGUCCUCGCAUCUUCACCUCGAUCCGAAGCCCCGACCAGAACCAUGUGAAGCCCAGCAUGAGGCGCUUGUGCUUCAUCGCCGCCGUGUCGCUCCUCCUGCACUGCCUCGCCCCCGACGCCUGCCACGCCUUCUGCGGCAUAUCGAGCAGAAGGAAGGUGGACUUCACUCUGCUGGCCUCCACGCGCGACGCUUCCAACCUCUCCAUGGAUCUGCGCAAGAAGUGUGAGUACGCGGGCGUGCACGGGACGGCGAGGAGGGCCUGUCUGCGGUCCAGGGAGGUGGCCAGCGUGCUCCUGGAGGCGGCGUGGGUGGGGGUCACGCACUGCCAACACCUCAUGCUGCACGAGAGGUGGAACUGCUCCCUCGACAAGUACAGGCGAAGGAUCAUGAAGCGAGCCUUCCCGGAGACGGCGUUCCUGCAGGCCUUCUCGGCGGCCUCCGUGACACACGUGGUGGCUCGCAGCUGUGCCCUGGGCCGCUUCACGCGAUGCUCCUGUGACGACACGAUCUCGGCCACGGCGGCGGAGAAGACGCAGGCGUGGCGCUGGGGCGGCUGCGGCGACAACGUGAGCUACGGCCAGAGACUCGCCCAGCGGUACUUCAUCGGUAGGCGCGGCGGCGGCGGUGGCAAGAAGCGGCGGGAGGAGAGCCCUCAAGCCCUCAAGGCCUCCGUCACGCAGGCGUUCGCGGGGAGCAGAGAUUUCAAGUCCCAGAUCGACGUCCACAACGCCUGGGUCGGCAUCACGACGGUGACCAACGCCGCAAAGAAGAUCUGCAAGUGUCACGGCCCGUCCGGCUCCUGCGUGAUGAAGACUUGCUGGAUCCAGCUGCCGGCCUUCCUGACCUCCGGCGGGAGCCUCAAGAGCCAGUACCAGCGGUCCGCCCUCGCCAGGAUCAUCAACGAGGCCCAGAUCAUGAACCGGGCCAGCAGGACGCCUCGCGGUGGAAGGGAGCGAGGCGAGGCAGCGAGGCGGCGGCGGAAGAACAGGAUUCACGGAAACAAGCUCAUGAAGACCCCCGACGAAAUCCGCGAAUCGCGGCGGGACAGACGCGGCCGCUCGAUGCUGGGCGAGCCCUCCCAGCUAGUGUACCUCGACGCCUCACCCAAUUUCUGCAACAGGAACAAGUUCGGGCCUGGCACGCGGGGGCGGGCAUGUGAGCGGGGCGAGGGCUGCCGCCGCCUGUGUUGCGGCCGCGGCUACGACACGAGCGUGGCCGAGGUGACGGAGCCAUGUCGGUGCCGCAUCGAGUUCUGCUGCGAGGUGCGCUGCGACAACUGUACCCGCCAGGUGGAGCUCUACACGUGCAAGUGAGCCGCGGGGAGGUGACGGGGAACACAAGACGCUGUGAACAAGCCUCGAGCGAAGAGGCAGCAGUGGCGGAAAAUGGAACCAGCACUCCAUAGCCUACAAGUGGAUCUCCCCGCGUCGAGUCGGUGGUGCUGAGAUUGUUUGGGUGUCUGUGAACGUUAUUUGAGGCAUAUCAGUUCGUUUAUGGCGGUUAGUGAAUCUCAGUCCUUGAUAUCGCUUGUGCAUCCUGUGUAUAUGAACGAAACUUUGAAGGAAAUUAUAUCAAUAUGGAAAAAUACCUAAUAUUUUCAAACUGCUAACACUUCCAAUGGUAGUAAGGUUGUGUGCGUGUGUGCGUGUCAGUUACGUGCCAAGAUGAAAAGUGUGUGACUGAGGAAACGAAGCGAGUGUUUGAUGAAGUACGAGGUGACCAAGACGUUCAAGAGAGCACCCGGUGAGCGGCGGGCGCGGCGCGAACACCUGUGUGCUCGGAGAGGAGAGCGUCGUCGUCUCCCUGCCCCUUGGUCUCCCCCCCCCCCCCACCUGGCGCGUGGCGGCAUCGCUCCUCACAGCCGCCUCAGCUGGCAAGACGCGCUGCUUGGCGGGCGAGGGACGCCGUCUUCUCCUUAGCCUGUGUACGAGUUAAAGCUGCGUUUUCACCGGGCCAGUUGAGUCCGUGCAUUACAAAUCUUGACUCUGACUGACUCGCCAUUCUGGAGGGGACGCUGUGUUUGGACUCCGCCACGGGCCGUUCACGCCAAGUCGGCGUGACUCGACUUAACCUGCUGUGAAUUUACUUUAUUCGACUUGUUUUGUGUAAAUGAAGCCACAGGAAGAGUGACUCAUUACGUGUUGGUAGCGAGAGGCGGGGCGGGGCACGGGAGAGCGGCGAUAAGUCGUUUGUUUGUG